CAGUGUCUGAAGAUUGGUGCCUUGUCUCGAACAACAGCAAGCACCAACAUGAAUGUACAAUCCUCACGGUCUCAUGCCAUCUUCACUUUACACAUUAAGCAGCAUAGGCUGGUCAGAGAUGAGAGUUUGGCUGCAGAUGAUGGGAAAGAUGCAGAUUCCACUGUGUCUUCAGUAACUGAAUUUGAAACAUUAACAGCCAAAUUCCAUUUUGUUGAUCUUGCUGGUUCUGAGCGACUGAAACGAACAGGAGCCACAGGAGAUCGAGCAAAAGAGGGAAUUUCUAUCAACUGUGGUUUGCUGGCUCUGGGAAAUGUGAUCUCAGCUUUGGGUGACAAAGCCAAGAAGGGCAGCCAUGUUCCCUAUCGGGACUCAAAGCUUACUCGACUACUUCAGGAUUCCUUAGGUGGUAAUAGUCGCACCUUGAUGAUUGCUUGCAUUUCACCCUCUGACCGUGACUUCAUGGAAACAUUGAAUACUCUUAAAUAUGCCAACCGAGCCCGCAAUAUCAAGAAUAAGGUGAUUGCAAAUCAGGAUAAGGCCAGCCGGCAGAUUGCUAGCCUUCGAGCGGAAAUACAGGCACUUCAACAGGAACUGGCUGAAUACAAGACUGGUAAACGAACAGUAGAUGCAGAAGGGCAGGAAAGCAUCAAUGACAUGUACACAGAAAACACCAUGCUGCAGACAGAAAACGAAAAACUGCGACAGCGCCUUAAGGUGCUGAGUGAAGCCAUCGAAUCCCUGAAGGCUGAUAAUGCUCAGCUGCUGGCUGAGGCUGCUACUUUCUCCCUUAUGGGACCAAAUGGUGAGGUCAGCAAUGAAGAUGUUGUGAACCAGAUAAAGAAGUAUUUGCAGGAAAUUGAAGAUUUGAAGGCCAAGCUUGCAGAAUCUGAGGCAACAGUUGAACAGUUGAAACGUCGCAACUUAAGAUCACCACAUUCACCCAUCCGACCUUCUUCUGUGAACAGCAUGUCAUUAUCUCUAAUGUCUAGCAUGACUUCCUCCAUGGGAGGUUUUGAGGCACCAGUUUCCCCAGAGGCACUAACAUCAUCCUUGUUGGAUGUUGCGCGCAGGGAGGUGAAGAAAAUGAAAAAAAUCCGAAACAGAUCAGAGUCACAAACAAGUUCUCAUGGGAGUGACAAAGAAAAUCAGAGUAUAGGAAAUAAGCACAAUGGCCAUGUUCAUGAGAGCAGUGACCUCCCAGAGAAUGUGGAGAUGCAGGAGAAAUCUGAUGACAAUGAAGAUGAAACAAGCUUACUUGAUGAGGAAGAUGACGAGGAAGAUACUGAGGAAUCAGACUCUGGUUCUGAGUCCAGAGUGGAACUUAUCUUGGAUUACUGGCUGUGCUGGUCAGACUCGGAUAACAUUCAUGAGGACCUUGCCGAAUUGACAUGCGAGAUUUCAAUAAAGCAGCGGCUUAUUGAGGAGCUAGAAGCGUCCCAAAAGAAACUGCAUGCUAUGAAGAUGCAGUAUGAGGAAAAAGUCCUUCAGCUUCAGAUUCGCAUCAAAGAAACUGAAGUGGAACGAGAUACUGUGUUGUCCAACAUUGGGCAAAUAGAAUCCACGACAACUGAGAAGACAAAGAAGAUCACAGCAGAGUAUGAGAAGAAGUUGAGUAACCUCCAGUCAGAACUGAAGAAAAUGCAAGCUGCCAAAAAAGAACAUGCUAAGCUUGUUAAAAACCAGUCUCACUAUGAGAAACAGCUUCGCACCUUGCAACAUGAGCUGGCCGAGAUGAAGAAGACAAAGGUAAAGCUAAUGAAACAGGUAAAAGAGGAGGCAGACCGAAACAAGCAGACGGAAGCGCGGCGUAAUCGGGAAGUGGGGCAGAUGAAGCGUGAACAGUUGCGAAAUGAAAACAUCAUAAAAAAUUUAGAACGAGAAAAGCAGCAAAAGGAACUCAUAUUGCGGCGUAAGCAAGAGGAGGUGGAAGCAUUGCGCAAGAGGCAGAAACCCAUGUCAAAUCGUGCUGCAGGCAGAGUGGCCAAGUAUGACAAGCCAGUCACAGAACCCGAAGCUCCUCUCUCAUCCAUGCGCAGACAUCGGAGAGUAGAGUUUUCACCAAAGGCCGCCAAAAAUAAAUGGGAGCGCCUUGAAAAAUAUAUGAAUGCUGUGAUUACAAAAAAGCAAACCGUUUCACUCAUGGAAAGAGACAUGAAUAUAUGGCUGAAGCAAAGAGACAAAACAAUCAAGAAAAUGGAGCACUAUCAAAAGAAGAGGAAGGAUCUUGCCGAUGGUCUUAAGGAUGAUGAAACUGUUCGAGAGCUCGAUGACAUCAUUCAAGGAUUGCAGCAACAAGUGGCUUUUGCUCAGGACAACAUCAAUGAGUGUCAGAUGGGCAUCAUGCAGGUGGAAGAGAGCAAGGAUGAAGCAGAGUCUUUGGAUACAGGGCAGUUUUUCAAUUGCUGCUCACUGGAGGAGGCACGGUAUUUGUUGGAGCACUGUCUACAAAUGUCCACUGAUCGUGGCCUACAGCUAGCAACUAAAGAGGCAGAGUGUCGAGAACUGCUGGCCAAGCUGCACCAAACGGAGUUGAACAACACCCUGCAGCAAGACCUGCUGCGCCACAUGAUGCAGGACAAUGUCUGCAUUGAGACAGAUGAUCUUAUGACAUAUAGUGAUGCUGAUGAUAUAGAGAGUGAGAGCAGCUCAUCCUCAUCCCCUGCUGACAGCAUGUUUGAAUCCAAUGGUAGUGCCCUUCACCCACCUCACUUCACUGGCAUCAUUCCCACUUCUGAUGCCCACAGCUCUGCUGCUGCCAUCGCUGCCCGGAAAGAGAAGGCUAGAAGAAAAACUGCCACUCCAGAGGACUUGCUUUAUGCUGGCAACACUGAAGCCUGCAAGCCACUUUUGCCAGUUCUGGAGACACCUGAAGAAGAAAAAAGAAACAAGCCUGGCAUUAUAGAUGCCCAGGAUGAUGAUGGAACACCUGUAAAACAAAAAGGUGCUGGAGAUGAAGGUUUGGAGCUGCAAGACAAGCUGCUUAUGCCUCCUCCAAAGGCUCUUCCAAAACCGACAGCUAACAGGACUGUUAGUACUCUGCCUAUUCCAUCUCCAACCAUAAAAAGACGUGAACUUCGAAGGUCUCCCAGCAGCCCAGAAGCAUCACCAGUCAUGCAACGCAAAAAUACCCCUUCUAAUAUAACAGAUCGCCAGGGUGGUCAGUCCAGCUCUCUAGACACUUCAUCAGAUACAACUCCGCCAUCUUCCCCUCCAAUGUUAAGGCGAAGUGGCCGCAGCAGUGAUGAUAAUGUCUUCUCACGUUUGUCUGGGAAUAGUCAGACUUUCAGUCACAAUUCUAAUAGGGGGAACAUAGUAACAACCAACAGCAUAAAAAAUGUGGGAAGCAAAUCCCCUUUCUUAACAUGCACUCACAUAGCUGAAGGUCACACCAAAGCAGUGUUGUCUGUGGAUGCUACAGAUGAUAGGAUUUUUACAGGCAGUAAAGACCGCACUGCGAAGGUCUGGGACUUAGCAAGUGGCAAGGAGGUGCAAUCGCUGGCAGGCCAUCCCAACACUGUGCUUCGUGUCAAGUACUGUCCAAUCUCCAGACUGAUUUUUACUGUUUCACAGUCAGCUGUUCGUGUGUGGGAUGUUCGUGUGAGCCCAGCCUCUUGUCUUCGAACCCUGAGCUCGUCAGGUCUCACAACGGCUGGGACUACAUCAUCUGUUAGCAACCGACAGGUGGAGUCGGCAUACCGGGAACACAACAUUUCCGAUGUGGCACUGAAUGCAGAGGGCACAACACUGUACUGUGCUGCUGGCAGUGUUGUUCAAAUCUGGGACCUUCGCAGAUAUGGACAGAUGGGCCGCUUGAGUGGCCAUCAAGCCCAGGUGAUGGUCCUUGCUGUGGAGAGGGAUGGUGGUGCUUCUGGCAAUGACCUGGUUAUUUCUGGCUCCAAAGACCAUUACAUUAAGGUGUUUGAGGUCAUGAAGGAUGCAGCAGGAAUCUUGAGUCCUAAGUACAACCUGGACCCUCCUCACUACGAUGGCAUUCAGUCCAUGGCCAUACAAGGCCACAUUCUCUUCAGUGGCUCUCGUGACACUUGCAUCAAGAAGUGGGACCUGGCCAGUCAGCAGCUGCAGCAGUCAGUGAACUCUGCUCACAAAGACUGGGUGUGUGCACUGGAGUUUCUGCCAGACAGCAGUGUCCUGUUGAGCGGUUGCCGUGGUGGAGUACUUAAAGCUUGGGCUGUUGACACAUUCUCUCAGCUUGCAGAAAUCCGAGCCCAUGCAUCUCCCAUUAAUGCCAUUGCCACAAAUUCCAGCAAAAUCUUCACUGCUUCCAAUGACACAGACGUGCGUGUGUGGCAGCCACGUGUCUAACUUCAUGGUGUCGGGCGCAAUCUUGUGAUUUGUUCAUCAGCACCCUUGCCUGUAUAUCAUUCAGCUCCCGUCAGUCCAUAAUUUUUGUUUAGCUAAUGGGAAAACUUUGAUGUAGGAGCGAGACAGUGAUGUUCAUAUCUGUGAGGGAGGUGUGAGAAAAUGUGUGUAAUCUAGGUGAAUGAUUGGCGUGUAUAAGGGUGGUGAGAUGUGUCUAUGAACUAGAUCAGGGGUGGAGAACUUCUAGUCAGCUGGCCAUAUAAGGCCCUCAAAAUCAUUUGAUCCGGCCCUGCCAAGGCAGCGAAACUAUGACUUGAUCAAACAUAGGCUAAAUUUUCAACUGAUAAUUUUUUAUGGCCUGCGAGUGAUCUUAUAAAUAUCCAAAUGACCCUCAGAGGAAAAAAAGUUCUCUAUCCCUAAAUUAGGUGCUCAUUUCUGUGAUAUUCACUAGGACCACUUAUUUGAAAGUCACAGUUUGCUGUGGAACAGUGCUGGAGAAUUAUUGCAGUAAUGAAGGGCAUGUGCUUGAGUGUGUUUCAUCACUAUGUAAAGUGUACUACUAACGUGCAAUAGGAGCAGAAGGUUACACGGAUGUUCCUACUACAAGUGUGAGUUGGCUGUUUAUAAUCAGUGCUGCUUUUUGUGCAAUUGUGUUUAUAUUUAUGCAAUUGUGAUAAAACCUUAAUUCUCAUCAUCUGCCAUCCCUUAAAAAAGUAUUACAUGUAUUUUCCAUUUUUUCCUUGUUGGUACAUGCUUGUAUUGUUGUUAUGAAUGCAGUCUGUGAUCAGGGUAGGUUCUUUUUCUGCUAUGCUAAUUUAUUGUUCAAAAUCUGUUGGAUACAACUAUGAACCACAUGAAAGUAAACGUGCACCAGGUUCUUGCUUCAUGGGCCAUCAGGCAAAGUGCUGGGAAAAAUCUUGUUAUGGGAGACAACAAAAUUUCAUAUUCAAAGCCAGUCCUUUCUAGUAGUUUUUUUUUUGUGAAGCAUGCUAUGCUAUUUGCUUCUGCACUUGUAUUUGAAAGUAUUUUUUCAUUUGAUGGAAAAUAAAGAUUUAUUAAGAGGUAAUGUGUAUGCGUAGCCAUUGCUGCUGUCAUGGACUAUGAUUAGUAUUUUGGGUUUAACUUGUUGCUGGUGUUUCCUCUUUAUUAAGUUGUAGGAAUAUAUAUUUCAUCUUGUUUGUCAGUGCACAUUAUUCUUUUACCUCAACUGAGAACAUUUAAAAUAAUUUUUUUUUGCAUCUCGAGUGUUUGUGGGUUUUCAUUUUAUUUCCUUCUUUUGUAUAAAUCUCUGCUGUGGAUACCUUCCUGUGGGCCUCCCCAUCUGUUUGCUGAUCAUCUUCUCCAUAACUGCAUCUCACUUCACUCAGUGACCAUACUGUUGGCAUAUGGAGACAAAGAUCCAGUCAAGACCUUUCCGACAGUUCUGACAUUGGUGACGAUCACCUUAGCACAUCACCCCAAUGAAAGGCAGCAGGCAUGACUGCAUGGUGUUUUGUGACAGGGCAGUUCCAUGACCAGUUUGUAUUUUUGAGUUUGAAAGACCAAAAUUAUGAAUGUAACUUGCACAUGAAUUGUAAGAUAUUGCACUCAAGAUGGUUGUUGGUUGAAAUAAUCAUUAAAACAGUCGUUUUGUAUUCCGGUUGCUGGGUCACGUCAGUUGUGGGUUGUGACUCCUGAUCUGCAGAGUGUUUUGUUAUUCAUGUAAAUCUAGGACCCGAGUGCUAUGGCCCAUAUGCAGCUUUUGUUUAAAAGUUAGUCAUUCCAAAAAUCAUGAUAUAAGCAAUUUCUUUAUAAGAAACAUUCCCAUCAUAUUUUAUAUAAAUGUGUUAUAGCCAUGACAUACAAAGCUUGCUUUUGUAUUGUUAUAGGGUGUCCUCGAUGUAAUAUUGAGAAAUGUGAUGUUCAGGUGAAUCUUUCUACCAUUUUUUUUUUCAGUAGACUUAAAACUCAUUAUGUGUUGAUAUUUGCUCUUUAAGGGUAGUAAUACAGAAUUUAUUCAAUGCAAAUAUGUUGCCUGUAUAGAAUAAUGUGAUAUGCUUAGUGCACUGCGGGUCGAUGAAGUGACCUAAACUUGCAAGUUGAUAUUUGGAAUCCACCAUCUUUUUUUCAGGAAGCAGUAGGCAAAAAUAUCACUAGUCUUUGCCUGUGCAAGAGAAGCAGGUUUCAGGACUGAGGAUUGUAAGAAUUAUUUUUCAAGAAAAGUCAGCUGUUGGAAAGGGUAUUAAACUAUUGAAAGAUGUUCUAGUCUUUUGAACCCGUGCCAAGAGCUGUUGGAUGUAAGAGACAUUCAAUACUGACAUAAGUUACUUUUUUGUGUAAACAAAGGUUUCUUCUCUAGACAUUCUCUUAUCAGUGCAUUUUUAUUAGCAUUCAAGAGGUAAAGGCUUGAGUUUGUGAAAGGGUUUUAUCUUUCUCAGCUUCCAUCAUCCACCCCAGUUUCAAUCAGCUACAUUCCUCUUGCUUCCAAGGUUCUUUUGACAUGGGUCAUGGACAUAGGUUGUUUUUUUUUUUUUUGUAAGAAUCAGUCAUAUCUCUCAGGGCAUAUUGUAGUGAUAUCACAAUGUCUACACAAACCUGUGCAUGCACAUAAAAAAUACUUUAAAAAAACCUCCAAAACUCUGUCCAUAUUACCUCACUGGUGAAGGUUUUAUUGUACUAAGGUAUCUGCACACCCAGCCUUUCCCCAUCUCCAUUCCAUACUCUUAAAAAGGAUACCUCUCACAUCUAGUCGAACAUGACUAUCACUCAUUAGAUAUGGUGUCUUAAACUGUCAAUGGAAAAACUGUUCCUAUUUAUUUUGGAGUGCAUGGUGUACCCUCAUGUGAGCGAGCAUCUUUGACAAGAUCUGUAGAGAACUGUUGUUACCCAAGAUAACAUUAUGUUAAAGAUUGGUGCUGUGCUCCAAAUAAAAUAUUUUUCUACAUUUCA